ACACAUCGCCAAAGCUCUGAGAAUACACUCACAGACCCACACAUAAACAGGGAGAUACUGGACUGCACAGAAACAUCUCUCCACCUGUCUGCAGGGUUGGAUAUAUUCUAUAAAUUCUCAUUGGAUGGACUAUUAAGUUUUUCACCAUGUUACCCCGGUCAUAUUACAAGAAUUUCAACAUUGGUUGUACCCAAUUAAAAUGGAGGAUAGUUUUGAUUGCGACUGUGGCGAGCUUGAGCCACCUGAUCACUGAGGGCGAGACCUUACUUUGAAGACUUCCAAGGCCAAGACUCAUUUCAAAUUAUUAUUAUUUUUUUUAUAAAUAUACAUCAGGAAAAAUUACACAGAUUUAAAUAUUUGAACAACCAAAAAAAAAGAAAAAGAGAAAAAAGAAAAGAUUAAAAACAAACAGUGCAUUUGAGGCACAUUUCAUAUGAAGCUGCUCAGGACCAGUCAUACACUGAAUGUAUCUGCACUGUAAGGAUGCAACUACGUGCUUUUAUAGUUUAACACAGUCUCAGUGUUUUUUUUUUUUUUUUUUUUUUAAUUGGGCCCCAUUCCAGUCCAUUCCAUUGCCGUCUCUAUAAACACUAGUCUACUAAAGAGAUUUGGAGGAAAACGUUUACAUUUUCUCACUCUAUUAAAGAUGGAAAGAAAGUUUGACUACACAUUAGUGCCCCGCAUCUGACAGUGACGGGAGGGGAGGACUGGGUAGUCGUCUGUGCACGGGUCAGAUAGCUCAGCCGCUUGAAGCAGUAGUGGGGAGGGGGGGACUGUUAUUCCUCUCUUGGACUUGAGACCAAAAAAAAGUUUUGAGAUAGAAGAAGCUGUCGUCAUGGCAGAAAAGUUCGAGUCCCUGAUGAACAUCCACGGCUUUGACCUGGGUUCUCGCUACAUGGACUUGAAGCCUCUCGGCUAUGGAGGGAACGGCCUCGUGUUCUCAGCGGUUGACACCGACUGUGACAAGCGGGUAGCUGUGAAGAAAAUUAUCCUGACCGACCCCCAGAGUGUGAAGCAUGCCCUGCGGGAAAUCAAGAUUAUCAGACGCCUCGACCACGACAACAUCGUCAAGGUGUUUGAGACGUUGGGCCCUAACGGUCGUACGCUAACGGAGGACGUGGUGUCCCUGACGGAGGUCAACUCAGUCUACAUCGUGCAGGAGUACAUGGAGACGGACCUGUGUCAGCUGCUGGAGAGGGGCCUUCUGUCCGAGGACCACGCCAGGCUCUUCAUGUACCAGCUCCUCAGGGGCCUUAAGUACAUCCACUCCGCCAACGUGCUGCAUCGUGACCUCAAGCCUGCCAACCUGUUUGUCAACACGGAGGACCUGGUACUGAAGAUCGGGGAUUUUGGACUGGCCCGCAUCAUGGACCCCCACUACUCUCACAAGGGCCAUCUCUCUGAAGGUUUGGUCACCAAGUGGUACAGAUCUCCUCGUCUGCUGCUCUCGCCGAACAACUACACCAAAGCCAUCGACAUGUGGGCCGCUGGCUGCAUCUUCGCUGAGAUGCUGACAGGGAAAACCCUCUUUGCUGGAGCCCACGAACUGGAGCAGAUGCAGCUGAUCCUGGAGUCCAUCCCCGUACUGCGAGAGGAAGACAGAGAGGAGCUCCACAGCGUCAUCCCUGUCUUCAUCCGCAAUGACAUGUCCAAGCCUCACACGCCACUGGCCAAGCUGCUGCCUGACGUCAGUCCCCAGGCCCUGGAUUUCCUGGAAAAGAUCCUGACCUUUAAUCCCAUGGAUCGUCUGACUGCAGAAGAGGCCCUGGCCCACCCUUACAUGGCUGACUACUCUUUCCCCCUAGAUGAGCCUAUCUCUCUGCACCCCUUCCACAUUGAGGAUGAAGUAGAUGAUAUCCUGCUCAUGGAUCAGAGCCACAGUCACACCUGGGACCGGUACCAUGAGAGCCAGCUGUCAGAGGCUGACUGGCACUUGCACAGCACCCACGACCCAGACGAAGUUCAGGUUGACCCACGGGCACUCUCCGAUGUAACAGACGAGGAGGAAGUCCAGGUGGAUCCACGUAAAUAUGCUGAUGGAGAUCGGGAGAAGUUCCUGGAUGAGCCGUCCUUCGACUACUCCACUCUGUUCCUGCCAGAGCGAUCCUGGCAGGACGACGACGACCACCACGAGAACAAAUACUGUGACUUGCAGUGUAGCCACACCUGUAACUACAAGGCGGUGUCGCCCUCCUACCUGGACAACCUCAUCUGGCGGGACAGUGAAGUCAACCACUACUACGAGCCCAAGCUCAUCAUCGACCUCUCCAACUGGAAGGAGCAGCAGAGCAAGGAGAAGGCCGACCGCAAGGCCAAGAGCAAGUGCGAGAAGAACGGGCUGGUGAAAGCACAGAUCGCGCUGAAGGAGGCGGAGAAGACCCAGAGUCCAGCGGAGAAGGACCGAGAGCAGGAGAAACACCAGACGGAGAAGUCUCAGAGCCAGCAGAACCAAGGCUUUGACUUCGACUCCUUCAUCGCCAGCACCAUUAAACUGAGCCUGCAGCCGGAGCCCUGUCAGGAGGUGGCUCUGCUCAACGAGGUGGGCCUCCUGAACGAGCUCAACUCCUCCGUCUCCCUGCUGGAGACUCCCCGCUCAGGCUCCAUGUCAAAGUCUAUAAGUCAGGAGAAGGAGGAGAAGUGCCUGGUAAACCUCGCCCAGUUAGGCGGGGGAGGGCUAGCCGUUGUAGGAGGAGGAGGGCUAGCCGUCGUCAGCGGGGACGGCGCCUGGCCCGCUCAGCCCUGGGAGAGCUUCGGCUGCGGGGAGCGAGUGGAGGAGAACGGCUGUUUGAUAGACGAAGCAUGCUGGGACAUUCGCAAAGAGGACCACCUCCAGAAGGAGAGCACUUACACCAGCUACCUUGACCGACUGUUCAGCCGGAAGGAAGAGGCGGUCGGAGAGACUGUGGCCAGCUUCGAGCCGGAGCUGUCUGAGGCGAGAGAGCUGGACGAGAGUUUCCUCGGCAGGAACACGGAGAUUGUGCUUAACGUGCAGCUGGACUCUCUGGCCCUGCCCGGUUUUGACGGCACAGAUGACUUGCCUCUAAAAUCCAUCCAGGCAUCCCUCACCCCCUGUGCUGUCAAAUGCUCCCCACAAAUUGCCCACAAAACGUACAGCAGCAUCUUCAAACAUCUUAAUUAAAGAAAUGUAUAUCCUCCCUCACAGUGCAGAAUUUAGGCAGUUUUGUUUUUAUGUUUUUUUUUUUUAAUAUGGUAUAUUAUUGUACUUGAAUCAUUUCAUACCUUUUUUUUUAUUAUGGUUACUUUUAAUUAUUUUUUUUAAGAGUUGAAAAGGGUGAUUUAUUAUUAUAUUUAAAGAGUUUUUGUCAUCACUCUGAGCCUUGAUCACCAGGCCUUCAUGGGUUAAUAUCUACGCCCUCAUUGCUUAACUGGCAUGUCACUCGCACACUUAAGUACUGUAGACGAACAAGAAGGUGGGAGAGAGUUGAGAAGAAAGAUGAAAGGUAGGAGAGGAGUGCUGAUUGGAGAGAGGUUUGGGUGUGAGAUGAGGAAGGAUGGCAGACGCUAACAUUGCUGUAGGCAUUUAAAGUGCUUUCAAACGCCCUUACCUGGGACGGGAUGUCCUCGUUUUUGUUUUUUUGUUUUCCUUUAUGAUUUGUCCCCCCCCCGAAGAAAGCUUCCUUAAUAACCCUUUCAUACUGUAAAUCUGACACAUGAUGCCAGCAGCAACCAUUAUCGUAGACAUUAAUGUAAAUGUGUUAUCUACCUCAAGGUAACAGCCGCGAGAGACACUCGAAGCCGCACUAGUGCUUUACACACAUGACCAUCCUCAUACCAUGAAAUGAAGUGGUCGCGUAGACGAAAUCUGUCUCACUUUAGCAUUUAACAUAGUGAGGUGUUUCAGUAAUCAUUAUUUAUUUCUAGCAGAUGUGCGAUAUUUAUUUUAUCAAAAUGUUGUUAUUUCAAUGUGAUUAUUGAAGAUUGAGGAGUUGGACAGACUUCCAUUUUCAUUUCGGCACUAUAUGGGCGUGUAAGUGUUCCUUUUUGUUUUAACGGUAGGAUGCAAAAACUCAUCUGUUAUGUUUCUAAAAAAAAAAAAGAAGUCGAGGCUUUCCAUUUUCCACCAAUAUCGUCCGAAUGGAUAUCAUUCUUUUUGUUUUUAUUUAUAGGCGCGUUCUGUCUUUAGCAGGCGAAAAAAAAACUGCUUUAUGGUUUAAAGAAGCGCCUAAAA